AUGGGAAAAGGCAAGUAGAAGGUGGAGUCAUCGGAAGAGGAAGGAGGAAACGAUUAUCAGAAGGAUGAUUUUGUUGUGGGUUCGGAUGAAGAUAUCGAGGAUGAGGCAUAGGAGGAUUAGGACGAGUCGUAUGACGCAGAGUUGUCAGACGACGACAUGGAGUUGAUAGAAGACAACAAGAAAUCGACACAUCAGAGGAGACUGUAGAGAAUUGAGAGGGAUGAUGAUGAAGUAGAAUAGGAAGAUGCUCAGGCGGAUCCCUUCCAAGAGCAAUUGUCACAGGAGCCGAUCGACGAGAACGAACAAAAUGAGCUAAUAAAUAAAUUGUUUGAUCCAAGUCAACGGGAAGUGGCAUUUUUGAACUAAAAUGAUGAAGAGAUAAUUAAAUAGGAUGUGCCUGAAUCUAUCCAAAUCACUUACAUGAAGAUGACGAAUGGGCAGAUUAUGUAAAAUGCAAGAGAGGAGGCUUCCGAAUAACAAUGGAAAUGGAUAGGAGAAAAGAUGGUGUCUCAGUUCGAUAUAAAAAAUAUACCUGAUGUUUUGCUUGGAAUUAAAAUGAUUUUGGAGUUCUACAGGAAGGAAAACCUGGACAUAAUGUACAUCUACACUUACAAACGUCAUCUCAUAAACUCAGCUUUGCUAUUGGAGCACUAUUGGAAAAUAAGGGAACUGGAUUAUGAGUGGGAACACUUCAGUAAUUUUAAGAACAGGAUACAGAAGUUAAUUGACUCGAUCCCUGAAAAUUACUAGACUCAGAAGAAUACAGCCAACCUGUAUCUACAGAAGGCCAAGGAAAUCGAGGAUCUGUAGAAUCUGAAAGAUUACAUUGAUUAUAUAAUAUUGAAACACAAUUGCAAGAGGAUUGUGUAUUUGGAAUAGGAAUUAUAGAGAGAGAACUAGGAGAAGCAACUGCUGGGUCAGACCAUGGAGUAGGAAUAAGAUUAGGUCAAUUCUAAGACUGAACUCAUUCAAAAGGAGUUGUAGAAUCUGAGUUUGAAUGGCAAAAAGAAGGCUCACACAAAGGAGAAGGCCAUGUUGGAGUACAUUAAAUAGAGAGUGGAUGAGGCGGCCUUGAAUUUCUGUUACACUUCCGAUGAAUUCUUCGUUAAGUUGUAAGGCAUGAGUGUGCCAAUGGAAAGAAAGAUCAUUUAGGAUUGGGAUGAUUUAUGGAGUCAUCUAAAGGAGUCAACAGAGUUUAAAUCCCAAGAUUCCGGCACUGAAUAUGUAAAGUUGUUAUAAAAGUAUUUGAUGAUGGAACUCUAUCAUCAUCCCUUCAUCAGGGAUUACAUAAGUCAGAUUUAUAGAGAGAAUUUGCUGAUCUCAACUGAGCCCACUCAACUGGGUAACAGAGAGAUCACUGCUGUGAGUUACUUCUACCCAGUCAAGAGAAUCAGACAUAGACAAUACAAAUACAUGGAGGAUCAAACUUGGAUGCAGUGUCUCAGAGCAGAACAAUUGGGAUACAUCAAAAUUAAUUUUGCAAUCUCCAAAGACAAAGAUCACAAAAAGGAAAAAAUUCCAAAAGACGAUAUUAUGGUGUUAUUGUAUGAUAAAUUUGUCAAGAUUGACGAUCAAUAGAAGGAACAAGAGAAUAUCUUGAGAAUUAGAGAUCUCGUUCUCAGAGGUAUCUUGCAAGAAAUAUGGUAUCCCAUUUUGGAAAGAUAAAUCAAAUAUAAAUUGUAAACUCUCUCAUCCAAACAUAUUGUGAGGAUGUGCUAACAAAAAUUUAAAUAACUCAUUAACAAACAACCUCAUAUAAGUGAAGUUGGUAACAACCAAUAAAUGUAAUAGACCAUUAAUCCAGAUGUCAAAAUCAUGUCCUUGGUUAUUGGAUCGGAACAAACAGACAGCAAAAAAUACAUUGGAAUGUCAGUUAUCGAUUAUAAGGGUGAGUAACAAACUCUCCAAAUCUUCAAUUAUUUGACCCAAGAUGAAAGGAGAACUGAAAUGCUGGAAUAAAUCAGAAAAGAAUAAGCUCUCUUAGAUAACUUCUUUGAAAAGUACAAACCAGAUCUUGUUGUCAUCUCUGCCAAUCACUCUGACUGUCUGAAAUUAAGAGCUGAUUUACGUAAGAAAUACUAGUAGACAUCUUCUGUUUGGAUUACUUUGGCAGAUUCAUAAAUCUCAAGGAUCUACAGUAUGAGUGAAAAGAGUAAUUUAUAAUUGCCAGACAUUCCUCAAAUAUUGAAGGAGGCAAUUUCCUUGGCCAGAUACAAACUUAAUCCAAUGGCUGAAGUCUUGAAUCUAUGGAGUGAUGCUAUUGAUAAGAAUGGUUGUUUGCAUCUCAACUUACACCCUCUACAAGCUAUGGUCAGUCAGUAAGUGUUGCUUGACGCCUUAAAGUAGACUGCCACUGAAAUAGUCAAUUAGGUUGGAGUUGAUUUGGUUGAUUGUACUCUGCAUAAACACUUGGCAGAUCAAAUGCAAUUCAUCAAUGGCUUAGGAAGAAGACAAGCCAAGCAUCUAUUAACGAUGGUCAAAGGUCUAUUGAGCAAGAGUCUCUUUAAUAAUAAUUAUGAAGAUGAGAGACUUAUCUAUUCCAAAUUGGAGUAAGAUCAAAAAGAGUACAUCCAAAUCUAGAGAUAGGAUAUCCUCAAAACUCAGAUUUUGAAGAAGGUCGUAUUCAAAAAUGUAUAGGGAUUUAUCAAAAUCCAGAGAGGCAUCUAACCAUUAGAUAUAACCAGAAUGCAAAUCAAAAUGUAUUCUGAUGCUGUUCACAUAGCCAAAUGUGCCUUAGAAGUUGGCGGCAGAGAGGACAGAUAGAAUACUAUUGUGAGACAACUGAUGAGUCAGCCUCAAAAAAUGGAAGAACUCCAAUUGGAAGACUGGGCAAAACAAAGAGAAUAGAAGGAUGGAAGUGAGAAGUUCACUUUAGUAGCUCAAUUCAUGAAAGAGGAAUUAACUAAUCCUUUCCUUUAUAAAUUUGACACUGCCAAUAAGGAAAUGAGUAACUCUGAGAUUUUCUAUGCCAUCACUCAAGAGUCCCCUUACACUUUCCGUAAGAACAGCAUCGUCCAAGGAUAAAUAACCAAGAAAAUAGAAAGCAAAGAAAAGAGCAAGGACACUGAUAAGUUACUGAUUAAAUUAUCAGAUAAUGGGUUGUGUGGUACUCUACGCAGAGAAGAUAUGUUGCAAUAGGAAUUCGGUAUCGGAUAAAUCAUUAAAGCCUAUGUGAAGAAGAUACCAGCCACGGAAAACAACAAUAAGAAUGAUAGUUUGAAUAUCCUUAUAAUUGAGUUGUCUUUGAAAUCUGAUUGGUCCCGAUGGGAUUAAGAGUAUCUGAAACCAUCCAAAUAUGAUCCAUGGCCUUAUUCCAAUAUCUCCUAUGAAGAUUACUGCACCAAGGUCAUGCAAACCUUUGAUUAGAGCAAAUUCAAAGACUUUGAUCAACCCACUAUUCCUUAAGAUUAGAUGCCCAACAAAUAGAAACAAUAGCAGAAGCUGAUUCUCAGAAAUAUCAACCACCCUAAGUUCAAAUAAGUACUUCUCAAAGGAGCUCUUGAAUACAUAGAAAGCUAGCCUGUCGGAGAGUACAUCAUUAGACCAAAUCAAAGACUUAAGGAUCAUUUGACGAUCACAUGGAAAUUCUAUGAAGGAGUUAUUUCUCAUCUCUAUGUUUAAGAAUUAAAGACUGCUCAGAGUUACAAGCCUCAACUUGUUUUGAAUGGCAAGAACUAUGAAUCUUUUGAUGAAAUCUAUGAAAGCUACAUUACUCCUUGCAAUCUCCAUAUGGAAGCUGUUGUCAACAAUAAGAAAUUCCACCAUGGCUCAAUGGAACAAUUGGAAAGGAAGUUGAGGGAGGACAAGGAAAAAGAUGAAGAAAUCAUCCCUUAUGGUUUUUGUGUCACUGACAAGGCUCCACAAUACAUAGUGUUGAUGUACAUGAAACAAAAGAACAAGGUUGAAAAAGAGUACAUCAAAGUCAAGCCUGAAGGCCUCAGUUUCCAUUCGGUUAUGUAGAAUAAUCUUAAGGAUUUAACCCUAUGGUUUAAGAAGAACUUUAGAACCCAAGAGUAUAAGGAUUAUGUCAGAAGAACCAAACCCCCUAUUCCUGAACCCAACGAUAGAUUGAAUCAAUAUAAUUCAUAAUGGGAAGUUAAAAAAGAAAAGACUAAGGAAGAAAGAGUCAAACAUGAAGAAUCUUCUUACAAUGUUGUGUGUUCCAAAUGUAAUAAGCGAGGCCAUAAUGCAAAUGAUUGUAGACAAUCAAGAGACAAAGGUAGAAAUGGAGGAGGAGACUCUAAAAUGGGAUGCCAUAAUUGUGGUUAAAACGGCCAUAUCAAAAAGAAUUGCCCCAAGUUAAACAACCCCAGGAGAGAAAGAAGCAACAGCAGGGAGCGAGAGAAGAUGUCUACUAAAAAGAACCAAUUCUAAACUAAAGUAGAAGACACUUAAUAAAUGGAAUGGUGA